AUGUUGAUCAACAACCCCGUCCGUCGAUCAGUUAGCCUCCUGCUGAGCGAGUUCAAGCAACCUAUUCCUCCCUGCAGCUCAUUAGAUGAAACUUCCUCUGUCCCGUAUACAAUGUUACCAACAACAUCACCUCCUCAAUCGCCUAAGCAUCCGAUAGGGAAAUCGCAAAGCGAUACAUUUAUUGAACAUCAUCUGGAUAAUGUCAUAGAGCUAGCAGAACCGGAAGAGUCGUUAUCGGCACCACCUUCGCAGCCUCAACACCAAUUUCUCAGCGCUGAUUAUCCUCCAGUACCACUACCAGAGCAGAUAUCAAUGGACAACCAAAAUGAGGCGUUGGAAGUGCUUACGAGUCAUCAUACUUCUCUAACCGCAUCUAAAACGCCACCAUUUGAUAAAAUCAGCUCAACGGAUCCGGUUGAAUCAGACGAGAAUGCGGUAGAUCAAAACGUUCCCGAGCAAAACGAAAAUAAUGAAAAUCAACCGGAGUGCGAACCUGAUAAUUUGGAGAAAACGUCAAAAGAAAAAGAGUCAAAAGAAAACAUGAACCUAGUGGAUCGACUACGACAAAAACUGAACAUCGGCAACGAAUUGUAUCGAGCUGCAUUAGCAGAAUUUUUCUGCACGGGAUUCCUGCUGUUUGGCGGUUGUUCCGUGACCGCUCAAUUCGUGUUGUCGCAACGACGAACGAACGAAUGGGUUUGCGUCGCCCUGGGAUGGGGUAUCGUGCUGUUAUUGGCCGUACAAAUGGGUUUUCGUAUAUCAGGCUCACAUCUAAACCCAGCUGUCUCGUUUUUCCUCUUCACACAAGGAAAGAUCAAUGCGAUCAGAUUUAUCGUAUUCGUAAUCGCACAAAACAUCGGCGCAUUCCUUGGGGCUUUGAUGACAUUCGUCGCUUAUUACGAUGCCAUCAAUACUUUCGAUAACGGGACCCGAUAUGUAUCAGGGCCACGUUCGACUGCACACAUCUUCGCUACAUAUCCUCAACCACAUCUCAGCACUCUUGGAGGUGUCAUUGAUCAGGUGCUAGGCACAGCUGUACUAUGCUUGGGAGUGGCUGCUAUAACUGACCGUCGCAAUCGAAUCCCACCAUUUCUUCAACCGUCUUUCAUCGGAGUACUCCUUGCUGGUAUUGGAAUGAUGCUUGCUAUGAAUGCAGGUUAUGCGAUCAAUCCCGCCCGUGACUUCGGACCUCGAUUAUUUACUCUUUGCGCCGGAUAUGGAUGGAGAGUAUUCAGCUAUCGCAGCUACAAAUGGUUUUGGAUCCCAAUCGUGUGCCCGAUGAUCGGCGCUUUGAUAGGAGCGUGGAUCUAUGAGUUCUUCUUAGGAUUCCAUAUCCCUGACGAUCCAGAAACUUCUUACAUCCACAAGAUUAUUGACGACCGCAAUCCAGAAGGACAACUCAGAGAAAUCCAUCUAGUCGAAAAGAAACCAAACGUACAAUAA